UCGAAGAAGGUGAAGAGUCUUGCAUCUUCAGGAAAAAUUUUGGCACUGUCUACUGCUGGGAAGAAGAAAGAGAAAGAUGGUGAUUAUGAUCCAAGAUGUGAUAAAUCCUUGUCUAAGAAGAAAGGCAAAUCUGAUUUAUCACCAAUCAAGUUUUCAUUUUCAAGAUCUAAUCCCGAUCAACAGAAAGACACAUUUGAUAGAUCGUAUGUUUUUUUCAUUAUUCUCCUUUUAUAUUAUAUGAUUGUGUUUUUUUUUUAUGUUUUAAAGUUAUUUUUGUUCACUUUUGUUUGGAAUUUCACUGAGCAAGAAAUAAAGUCAAUUAAUCUACAAGUAUUGUCAGACUAUUCCCAUUUAAAUGAAGUGGUUAGUAAUUUGAGUGAUGAGCAAAAAAGAGACAUUAGGGAUAUUGGGUUUGGGAGUAUCUUAGAUAUUAGGAUAAAGAAGUUUUGUCCUAAUCUGAAUUUGGAGGUGUUGUUAAAUUACAAUGCAUCUGGAAUGAUGUUUUCAACAAAGAAUGGUAAACUGAUUUUUAAUAAGUUUACCAUUAGUGAUGUUUUGGGGUUACCUGUGUCAGAUAGAGCAGUAGAGGUUAUAGAUGAUGACGCCUUUAGGAGGAAAGGUAGUCAGAUAGAGGCUGGAAGUGCCAGGAAGGAUUGGCAUAGGUUUCUUGGUAUUUCUGAUCCCAAGAAGGUAUAUAUUGGUAGAAAAAUUGGGAUGAUUUGUUUAAGAAAUAUGAAUCCGGGGAUGAUUUCAAGAAGUUAUUUGUUAUCUUUUCGUUGUCCAAGCUUCUAUGUCCUAUAG